AUGGGAGACGAUUUUUUGACGAAGAAGAAGGAGAGCGUCCCCACGUUGGACCUCUCCCAGAACGUGGUAACGUCGAACGAAGAGUUCAGAAGGAUGCUGGAGAAAGUGCCGGACUUUAAAAUGAAACCCGAAAAAGUCCCUUUCGAUGCGAUCAAGGUUAAGGACAAGAAAUUCAAGUUUAAAUCCGGGAAACGGGAUUUGAAGGCGAUGAGGGUGCCCUACACUUUCAUGGACCCCUUACCAGUAGAAAUGAGUAAAUUGAACAUCAGCGAGCUCGCCGCUGUGUCCAUAGAUUGGAAAAUGUUGACGGUUCUGAAGCCGAAAAGUAAAGUUGAAGAAAACUAUUUCUCAAGGCUCGUGGAAUUGGGAAAACUCGAAAUAAAAACGAGGGCCCAGGAAAAAAAACAAUUCGCCUCCGACCCACAAAUCAGGAAAAUCAAAAACAAGUCCGGGGUAGUGGAGAUGCGAGUUGUAAAUUGCUCGCAAUGCGGGGAGGAUUUCUGCAAUGGAAGGAAUUGUUCUACGUUCGGUUACGACGCUUAUGCUCGUUUGCCAGAACUUCCGAAGUCCGCUACGAAAGUUUUGUCGCCAGGGUCCAACGAAAAGGUAAAAAGAAAAGUGAAAAGGCGUGGACGGUCGAAAAGUAAAAGUAAACCGAGGAAAUCCAGCGGAAAAUCGAAAUCGCCCAGGAGAAGCAAAUCGAAAACCAAGAAAAAAACACCCAAAUAA